AACGCGUCGGCAAAAAUAGUAGUAGUAGUAGUAGUAGAAGAAGAAGCAGAGAUAAUCGCAGUCAAGAAAGUUUCCAAUUAGCGCGAACAACGGCAACGCAGUGAGAUAAAUUCCAAUUUGAAAUGAAGAUGGAAGUGCUCUCAGUACAAAAUCACAUUCAGGGACAAUUCGGUGUCAUUGGUACCACUAAAGUUAAAGACUGGACGAGUCCGCUAACGGCACCAGCAGCAACGGUGGGAGUCGCAGCAACUGCGAACCACGCAAACGUGGAUAUCGUUGAUGUUGACGUUGUUGAUGGGCAUCCGGCAUCGGUGCUGCACAUGCGUCAGCAUCAAUCGCUCAACACGCGACCGCGUCUCUCCUCCAACUCUUCAACAUCAUCAUCCGCUGCAGCAGCAGCAGCUGCCGCCGCAGCAUCGGCGUCCAUUAAGCCAAUGGCGGCCAAUUUUGAUAUCGCUUACAUGCCCAGCAUGAUGCCAGCGUCGCCGCUGCAGUCGACGUCGGCGUCACGCAUCGGCGCCAUUGACAAUCUGGACGAUGUGAGCGCCAGCGCUGUGCAGGAGCUUUCGCAGCAGCUGCAGGCAAAGCUGCGCGAUGCAAAGAGCGAGCAUCUCGCCUGCACCGAGGUGACGCUGCCCAACGAUCUCAUGCAGCGCAUUGCCGCCGAAAUAAUACGCAUGUCGGAGCGAGAGCCGUGCGGCGAGCGUGCCUGCACCAUAUUCAUUGAGUUCGAGAGCGAGCCGAACAACGUCAGGCGCAUUGCCUCGUUCAAAGUGGACCCGGAUACUGUUUCCAUUUUCGAGCUUUAUCUGACGCUCAAACAGGACAAGAGCGGCUGGACAUCCCGACUGCCGCAGUUUAUCAAAAAUCUAACGCGCAGCAAUACGAUUGUGAUCAGUCCCGAUUUUACUUUGACCAAGAACAAGCUCUACUCCUCCGAGUAGAUACAACAAAACAAUGAGGCAAGCAUAUACAUAUAUAUAUAUAUAUAUAUAUAUAUUUAUUUAUAUAUGUGGAGGUCGUUGAUGUGGAUGUGGCGCUGUUCUCAACUCAUUACACACAAUCCCUCCGAAUAAGUAAAUGAUGAACAACAACAACGACAACAAAUAAUAAUAAUAAGAUGAAAAUGUAGCAGGCUAAAAAGAACAGCGAAUAUCAGCAGCUUUCACUAUGUAAGCGCCGCACCCCCGCCCUCCAUUUCCGCCCC